AUUAUAAGGCAAAGACAGCAAAGUAACUGUUAGUUAGUUGAGUCUGAACAGAGAUCAGUCGUGAUCGGAUUACUACAGUGAAUAUUUGCCGUGACCGAGUGAAGAGAUGAGCGUCUGCAGUUCAACACGCAGCUGCGGGGAAGACGUGGACGAGCUCGAGUCCGUCAGCUGGUACCAUUAUGAUUUGUCCCGGCAUGCAGCUGAAGCUCUUCUGCUUUCAAAUGGGGUUGAUGGGAGUUUUUUGCUCAGAAACAGCAACCGGGGACCUGAAUGCUUCGCACUGUCUGUCCGGGCAAAGGAUUCGGUGAAGCACUUCAACGUCCGGCGGCAGUAUGGCAGAUAUUCUUUUGGCUUCAAUGAAUUUUCCACUCUACAGGAUUUCACCAGUCAUAUGGCCAAUCAGCCCCUGCUAGGCAGCGAGACAGGAAAUCUCAUCGUCCUACGGUUCCCAUACCCACGGCAGGUGGAGGAGCCGUCUAUAUAUGAGACUGUAUGUGUUCAUUCGGCCAUGCAGACGGGGCGGCAUGAAAAUGACUUGGUGCCUAAUGCUCCAUCACUUGGAACUAAGGAGGGUUAUCUGGUAAAACAAGGUACCAUCAUAAAGAACUGGAAGCAGAGAUGGUUCACAUUGCAUAGACAUGAACUAAAAUAUUUCAAGGACAAAAUGUUUGUUGAGCCAAUUAAAACACUUGAUCUGACAGAGUGCUCAGCGGUUCAGUUCGACUACAGUCAGGAGAGGGUCAACUGCUUCUGUAUGGUGUUCCCUGAGAGGACAUUUUAUCUGUGUGCAAAAUCAGGUGCUGAGGCAGAUGAAUGGAUAAAGAUACUACGAUGGAAACUGUCACAGAUAAAGAAAGGUCGAUGACGGUCAACAUGAAGAAUUAAAGUAUUACAACAACUAAGCCAUGCAAUAAAGCUUGUGUAUAUAGAAAAAUCAAGUCCAGCGAAUAUCUGAAGAUAGUACACUACCGACAUAAGAACUAUAAUUUAAAGUAGACUUUGUUUUUUUACCUGUGUUCUGCAAACCAAACUGAAAAUGUAGCAUAAAUGUGCCUCAAAACUGUGUGUGUGUUUCCAAAUAUAUGUACAUAUCGAUGCUGUCCUUUUGAAAACUGGUAUCUCCAUAUUUUGUGAUGUUUAUUUUUUUGCCAGAAAUGAGUCACCCUUUAUGUUUGUCACUGGGUUUUGCAAAUAUUUAACCGAUAAAAAGUAUUAAUUGCUUGUCAACUUUGACAACACAGUAUUUAAUCAUUUUAAAAUAUUACAGUGCAUUUUUCAUUCCCUGAAAACAAACUAUUAGGACAUUUGAGAAAGGAG